CUGCUCUGCGCUCUCUACCCUCAUGCCGUCCUCUGAUCCGCUGAUCGCACGAUGAACUCCGGCUUUGUCACCCCGACUGCGAUCGAUGUGCGGGCUUGGCUGUGGGUAGCGAGCUUCCUGUCCUUCGUCUACAGCGUCCUGUGUCUGGCGGCGCGAUUUGUUGGAAAAUGGGAUAUGCUGUGGUGGGACGAUCUGGUCCUGGGAGCUGGGUACAUGGCGAGCGUCGUGCACUGGGGAAUGCUGUUCCACGCCAUCGCAAAGGGCUUGGGUAUCGCAUCGAUUGCCAUAUCCUCCUCUGAUUUGAGCUUUGCUGCAAGGGUGUAUUUUGGCUCGAGGAUUGCAUUCUUUGCGGCGCACUGCCUAUCGAAGCUGUCCAUCAUCGUCUUCACCCGCCGAAUCUUUUCUGGCGAUAUUUAUAAGGAAAAAGUUCUCUUCGGCAUCGCAUAUGCCAUGAUAGUGCUAUAUGGAAUCGCCGGAAUUCUUCUGAGCUCUGCAGGAUGUCGCCCAGACGAGACCUUGGUCGCACGUGUAGACGCCGUCUGCGAUGCAAAUACGGCUCGUUGGGCGGUCAUCACCGUCUGGGACUGCCUGACUGAGCUGAUCAUCCUCGCCAUGCCCAUCUGGUUCAUCAGCAAGAACCAGCUCAAGGCCUCGAAGAAGCGAAUCGUGAUAUUCGUGUACAUGUUCCGACUGAUUGUCAUCGCAUUCUCCAUUGCCACGACCGUCUCGUACUUCAACUUCCUUCACGGCGGCGGCAACAGCAUCUCCAUCUCGCCCGUGGUCGCAUGGCAAGAAGUCCACCUCGGCUUUUCCCUAAUCUCUGCCAGCUUCCCCUGCCUGCGCACCUUCCUCUGGGCCUUCAUGUCUCGCGGGGUCUUGACCAUGUACGGCAACACCACAGUCUCGCACUCCGAGAGCAGAUCACAAGGUGCCAGUCUCCAGCUCCGAUCCAUGACCAAAUCCCAAACCGAGCAGCAACAACAACAACAACCACCACCACCACCGCCACUUAACAGCGACCGCCCACGAUUACGACCCGAGUCCCAAUUCGAAUACAGCGUGCACGUGCGCGGAGACGCUCCCGAAAGUACAGGGAAGAACAACAACAGUAGUACCAGAAGAAAGAAAUUCCCGCAUCAUGAUUUAUACAUUUCGCGCAAGAAAAGCGAUGAUUCAGACCAGAUGAUUAUUCGGCAGGAAACUUCUUAUAGGGUGGAAAGUUCGAGCUUCAGUACUUAUUUGUGCCGGGAUGCCUGAAUAGAACAUCCGAAAGAGCGAGAAUUCCAGGGUGAUUUAAAAAAAAAAUAUAUGACAAGAUGAUGAUUCGAGAUGAGAUACCCCCCAACGUGAGUGACACUUCAGACAGACUCAUUUAUAUCAAGUAGAACAGACUACAUUCCUCAACAUUUAGC